GCCCUGUAGACUUAUGACCCAACGGCUGUCACUCUUUUGGAGGGCGGGCUAAAAAAAAAACCUAAGAGGGCGAACGUCAUUGGCCGGAACUCGCACUAACGGAGGAAGAGGAUUGGUUUGCUGUAGACCUUAACAGUGAAGAAGCAGGUUGCUAGCACCCGCCUUUACUGCGGCGAAGUGUCAUUGCUGACGUGGGGGUGGUUGUCCAAUCAUUUGGUUAUGGAACAUUCUAAAACUUAGACAAGACGAUUGUGAUUGGCUGAAGGGCAUACGCCCUCCUCCAGGGUGACGUGUCUGCCUAUGGAUAUCAGUUGCCAGAGAAACCUGGCUUUACUAUGGCGGUUGGAGGAACGGCAGUGAUCACACGUCGGCUGCUGGGAAGAUCUGGAUUCUCGUUUCAGGUCACCAUCAGAAAAGCUAAGUUUGCUGUAUAGUGAGGAUCAGGAGAUCUGAUCCUGAUUGCAGAACCUUCCCUGAUUACAGAAUCUUCGGUUGUAUCUCCCACUUCACCCUUCUAGACCAUCCCAGAAGAUCUAUAAGAUUUCAUCUGGGAAAUCACUAGGAGUUCUUGGAAGGGAAAGAAGGAAGAUUGUUGGUUGGAAUAAAAACAGGGUUGAAUGAGUUCCAGAAAGCAGGGUUCUCAACCUCGUGGACAGCAAUCUGCAGAAGAAGAGAACUUCAAAAAACCAACUAGAAGCAACAUGCAGAGAAGUAAAAUGAGAGGGGCCUCCUCAGGAAAGAAGACAGCUGGUCCACAGCAGAAAAAUCUUGAACCAGCUCUCCCAGGAAGAUGGGGGGGUCGCUCUGCAGAGAACCCCCCUUCAGGAUCCGUGAGGAAGACCAGAAAGAACAAGCAGAAGACUCCUGGAAACGGAGACGGUGGCAGUACCAGCGAAGCACCUCAGCCCCCUCGGAAGAAAAGGGCCCGGGCAGACCCCACUGUUGAAAGUGAGGAGGCGUUUAAGAAUAGAAUGGAGGUUAAAGUGAAGAUUCCUGAAGAAUUAAAACCAUGGCUUGUUGAGGACUGGGACUUAGUUACCAGGCAGAAGCAGCUGUUUCAACUCCCUGCCAAGAAAAAUGUAGAUGCAAUUCUGGAGGAGUAUGCAAAUUGCAAGAAAUCGCAGGGAAAUGUUGAUAAUAAGGAAUAUGCGGUUAAUGAAGUUGUGGCAGGAAUAAAAGAAUAUUUCAAUGUGAUGUUGGGCACUCAGCUGCUCUACAAAUUUGAGAGGCCCCAGUAUGCUGAAAUCCUCUUGGCUCACCCUGAUGCUCCAAUGUCCCAGGUUUAUGGAGCACCACACCUACUGAGAUUAUUUGUAAGAAUUGGAGCAAUGUUGGCCUAUACGCCCCUUGAUGAGAAAAGCCUUGCAUUAUUGUUGGGCUAUUUGCAUGAUUUCCUAAAAUAUCUGGCAAAGAAUUCUGCAUCUCUCUUUACUGCCAGUGAUUACAAAGUGGCUUCUGCUGAGUACCACCGCAAAGCCCUGUGAGCGUCUACAGACAGCUCACCAUUUUUGUCCUGUAUCUGUAAACACUUUUUGUUCUUAGUCUUUUUCUUGUAAAAUUGAUGUUCUUUAAAAUCGUUAAUGUAUAACAGGGCUUAUGUUUCAGUUUGUUUUCCGUUCUGUUUUAAACAGAAAAUAAAAGGAGUGUAAGCUCCUUUUCUCAUUUCAAAGUUGCUACCAGUGUAUGCAGUAAUUAGAACAAAGAAGAAACAUUCAGUAGAACAUUUUAUUGCCUAGUUGACAACAUUGCUUGAAUGCUGGUGGUUCCUAUCCCUUUGACACUACACAAUUUUCUAAUAUGUGUUAAUGCUAUGUGACAAAACGCCCUGAUUCCUAGUGCCAAAGGUUCAACUUAAUGUAUAUACCUGAAAACCCAUGCAUUUGUGCUCUUUUUUUUUUUAUGGUGCUUGAAGUAAAACAGCCCAUCCUCUGCAAGUCCAUCUAUGUUGUUCUUAGGCAUUCUAUCUUUGCUCAAAUUGUUGAAGGAUGGUGAUUUGUUUCAUGGUUUUUGUAUUUGAGUCUAAUGCACGUUCUAACAUGAUAGAGGCAAUGCAUUAUUGUGUAGCCACGGUUUUCUGGAAAAGUUGAUAUUUUAGGAAUUGUAUUUCAGAUCUUAAAUAAAAUUUGUUUCUAAAUUUCAAAGCAA